AUGUCAGUAAGGGAGCUCUUGCGAUCCUUCCAAAAGGGGCAGGACCCCUCAAAGAGAAAGUCUGGGCUUUUCGAGCUCAAAACCACCUCUACAGAGCAUGAAACAACAGAAUCAGAAUCACAGCCCACUCAGUCCAAAUCCACCAUCAAAGCCACGACAAGCCGUUACGAACGGGAAGUAUCACUGGACGCCAUACCUGGCGAGCCCCACAGAGAGAGAGACGAGCAAAUUAGCCCACACCAAAAGCACUCCAAAGAUUUUGGUGCUGAAAUCAAAGCAAAGCUUGAGGACAAUCCAGAGUACCAACAGUUUAGGCAGAUCUCUGUAGAGGGUAGUCCUGCCCAGUCAGACUUAACUGAAAUCGUAGAGUUUCCUAAUUCUGCCCUCGAUGAUAGCUCUGAUAGUUUAAAACAUGAAGGCGUGGCAGACUCUCCCAGUGCCAGCCUGGGUGAUUGUAGUCCUCAUCAUCUGAGCUCUGAGGAUAGCCUCAAACACCAGGGCUUAGCAACUCCUGGAACAAGCCCUGACAGUCUCUCUUUCUCUCCCAGAAACGCUGACCAGUCCACUAAAAACUCAACAGCUGUUACUAUAGCUGUCGAAGAUGACAAGAAAAGUAAGGAUAAGUCUGGAGACUCUGGUGUGGGGACCAUUGAUGACCAGCCAUCAAAUGAAAUAACCCUCCCUGUCUCUUCCAGCAAGGCUGCAGACGACCGCACCACAAGUGAGUCCAUAUCUUUUCAGAGGGCUGAGUCUAAGCCCUCUAAACCGAGAAAGCUUACAAAGAGAGUUUCUGAGACUUUAGAGAACUUCCUUAGUGAUGAGGAGAGCCCCGAUGACAAGCUAGCCUCAGCCUUAGCUGCAACCAUUGCUUCUAGUGCCUCUACCCAGCGUCAAGGAAACUUAGAACUGCCUUUAAGACAGCAAGACUCAGACGCUCUCAGUCCAUUAGCGGACGACUCUUUGACCAUAAGCCACAGAGACUCUCUAGACGAGGGUAGUCCCCUCAUGGAAGACAACUCCUCCCAUAGGACCCCAGACUCUAUCGAGCCCAGCCCAACCAAGGAAUCCCCUUGUCAUGACUCCUUAGAGAGCAGCCCGGUAGAGCAAAAAACCUUCCCUCCUGCUCUAGAUCAGCCCAGUGGGUCCUCUAGCCACCCAGAACCCUCCAAUGCCCCAGACUUCCCCCCAGACGUGUUGCGUAGUAGGCUACUCAGGGACCAGGAGGCUAGUGCCAACGAUGAUGACAGUAUCGAGCAGACUUUGUCCCAGAUGGAAAGUUCCGGUAAGAGUCCUCUCUCCCCCGACACCCCUAGUUCUGAAGAGGUAAGUUAUGAGGUAAACCCCAAAACCCCCGACCACAUGUUCCUAUCUGUGGUGUCCACACCAGCUGUCAUAACCGAAGACUCAGAGGAAGAUGAUGAUGAGUCAGAAGCACAGAGGAAAUUCACUCCAGAGGAGGAGAUGUUUAAAAUGGCAGCCAAAAUAAAAACCUUUGAGGAAAUGGACCAGGACGCCAGAACCAAAACUAACUCUAGAAAAUAUAUCAGUGCCUCAGCAGGUGACGAAGCAGGGGAUGAUAGCUUCAGAACAGUUGAACUAGAGUCCGCAAAUGAGAGUGGGCUCACUGGGGCCAAAGGGACCUCAGAGUUAGCUCUUUCUGUUGAAUCCCUUAUUAAAGUACAACCUCCCUCUCCUUUUCCAGCAGGUGUGCAUGAAGGAGUCCACCACACAGAGUCCAAGAGUGUAGCUACAAUGGCAGCAGUAGAGGGACCACAAUCUGUCUCAGAGCAGCAUGUCUCACAAUCAGUUCAUUCACACAAACAAACAGACGACAAAGACAGUUUAGCUAAAAUGGCUACCAUGUCUUCCAGCUCUGAGGGGGCUGCAAACAUAACCGAUGAGCAGAAGGAGGAAAGCUUGAGGAAAUCAAGGGGAAGCAAGGAGGAUGAUGGGGGAGGGAAAGAGGCAGAUGCAGGCAGUCUGCAGACAUCUGCUGUAAAGGCUCCCAGCCAGGUAGAGAGAAAUAUAACUGAUGAAGUGAAAGGAGAUUACAGGAGGCACUCAGGAGCCCCUGAGGCAGAAACGUCCUCCACCAUCAUUAUCGGACAAGCGAAGGAAAUGUUCAAACCUGAGAUCUGUAUCUAUGACGACACAGAGGAAGACGAUGAGGAAGAGGAACCUCCCAGAACCGAGUCAAAGGGCGUGACCGCCAACGCGGAGGCAGACCCCUGGAGCGCCAUGCGUGAGGACGACGAUGCUUUCACGGCCCGCGUCAAAGAGGAAGAGCAGAAGAUCCUGGGUCUGAUGGUGAACCAGCAGUCCCAGGGGGCAACCACGGACACGACCCCAGGAAGGAGCCCCACAGAGGAGAGCACGCCAACCAGCGAGCCCAAUCCUUUCCUCUUCCAAGAGGGGAAGCUCUUCGAGAUGACCCGCAGUGGCGCUAUUGACAUGACCAAACGGACCUAUGAGGACGAGGGCUUUUACUUCUUCCAGAUAGGAGAGCAUCCUCUAGAGGAGGCGCUGUCUGAACAGGUCAGAGAAGAGCCAGGAGAUAGAGCAGCCCCAUUAGACAGUGAAGUGGGUCUCAACCUGACUCUAGAGAUAAAAAUGGAAGAUGAGAAACAACCUAAAGAUGCUUCAGAGGACGAUCAGACAGGUAGCGGGGCUGCAGCAGCCUCCCCUUCUAAAUCAGACGCCUCUAAAUCUAGAAUCCCUAGAAUGGGUCUUUCCGCCUCAGCUAAGAUCACUAAGAAAGACAAAGACUCAGUAUCCCCAGUAUCUCCUGAGGCUUUAGAAGUUAAACCAGAUUCAAUUGUAGAGGAGACCCCCCUAGAGGUAGAAAAUAGUUCCCCAGACCCAAUGAUAGCUAAUGUUGAGACAGCAGUAACUGUCACUCGAUCAGUGUACCCUGAACAAGACCAAGAGUCCUCUGACUCCUCUCCCGAGGAGCAGCAUUCAGUUAUAGAACUCCCCAAAACCAUGGAAAAGACCAAAACCCCAACUUCUAGUGAAAAAGUGAAAAAGAUCCCAACUAAAACCCCAGCUAUAGCUCCAGCCAAGGCUGGCUCCCAAAGUCGGAUUAAAACUUCUUCCUCCUCUACAUACCCUACAUCCCCCUAUUCAGCAACUCUUAAAAAAGAGACCCCCUCUGCAGAGUCUAAAUCGAGAAUACCUGUCAAAGGCAAGGCUAGCCCUGUCAAGCCUGAGCCAUCAGUUAAACAUACUGUGUCUUCCCAGGACACAAAGCUCAAGGUCCCAGUAAAAAAGGACUCGAGGAGAAAGUCUGAGACAGAUGCAGGUCUCUCUGCAGUUCCCAAAACCAAGACUUCGUCUUCCAAAGCCAAGAGCUUCUGUGAGGGAGACAAGACAUCUGCUAAAAAGGGCCAGGUUCGUCCCAUGAGCACUGAUUACUCCACCAAGCCCAAGUCAUGCUUCGGCUUCCAAUCCAGGCUGCCAGUUAGAGGCAAGCUUGGUCAGCCAUCCAACAAUUACCACCCCCGCCAAAGAGAAAAGCAAGCCGCGCAAGAAGUCCACCGAGUUUGUCGAUGAGAUUAGUGACGAAGCGGCAAAGCUGGUUGAGAGAUUGGCUCAGGCCGAGAAAGACAAAGAGCAUGAGGCUGCCAUCUCGGAUGACGAGAGCAGUGGCAUAGACCCCUCCGUCAUAGAGAGGGAGACUUUUCCCGAAAUGCAUUUCCCUACUUCCGGAGACGUCUAUCCCAUUAGACCCCUGUGGGACGACCCUGUUGACACGCAGAUGCAACGAAUUCCCAACGAUACAGUCAGAAGUCAAGGUACCCCCCUCCUCACGGGGCUCAUUCUCUCUAUAUUGUACCUCGCUAGCACACUAGCCUUAAAAGGUGCCGCUUCUCUGUGUCUUGUAACUAAUGCUCUUGGUAGCUAAAGACUCUUUGUGGUUGCUUCUGUGGUGUUUAAGUGGUGUCUUGUGUUUGUAUUUGUGUCUCUUUUCCUUCUAUGUGUUCUACAAAUCUCAAGAUUGACCUAAAGGCAUUUUUGAAGUCAGGGACUCAAUUAAGGAAUUUAGGAUCAGUUUUAGCUUGACAAUGUGUCAUAGGUCAUAGUCAGGUUUAGUAUCAAAUGUGUUUGAUUAACGCAGUUAGGCUGUAGGAGAAAAGAAGAAAUAUAUAAAAUGAGAUAAAAAAAUGUAAGAAUCCAACUUACAUUUUUCCGGAGCUGUUACAAUUGGCUGAACUACUACGAUUUACUUUCCAUACAGUAUGUUUCCAUUCAUGUUUUUUUUCUUCUUCUAGAGUUACCAAAAUUGCAUGAUAAUCACUAGCUAUACACCAAAUACACAUCUGUUUCAGUUACUGUCAAUUAUCUACACAUACCUCCAAAUAGCUAACAUUAUAGCAUUACAGGGCACAAGAAAGCCAGUGAAGAGUCUUUUUACUCAUGUGCUCGGUUGAAGAUAGCAUUUUCUUCCUAAUGUGAAUGUGACUUUGCCUGGCCAUCCUUGCACGGCCUGUCCACUCAUGGCUCUCCUGCUGUUGUGGUGGCAUUUACAGUAGAUCUACAGGAUGAAGCCGAAAGGAAGGAGGAACGAUUGGAAAUAAUAGCCGACCACCUGGGCUUCAGUUGGAUGGGUGAGUGGAACCCCAGGCAUGUUGGCAUUCCAAGAGUGUCAGAGACGAUAAAGGAUGACGAUAAUGUUGAUUUAAACACUUCCCAGUGGUUCUUGAAGAAUGUUAACAUUAACGUUGCAUAGUUAACAGUGAAAAGUGUCAUAUAAGUGUCAUAGGUUGCUAUUCUCAACAACAACAACAACAAAAAUAUUUGAUCAGCCAGAUGUUUCCAGAAUUGGGUGAUUAUCAUCAAUCCUUUAAAAAACAAUAUCAUAAUAUCUGUCUUUGUUCUGGUGGGUUUUCUAGAGCUGGCUCGGGAGCUGGAGUUGAGUGAGGAGAGGAUCAAUCUAAUAAGAAUUGAGAACCCCAACUCACUACAGGACCAAAGCCACGCCCUGCUGAAGCUCUGGACUGACAGGGAUGGCAAACAUGCCACAGGUAUGCUGAUAUAUCACUCCUUAAUGUAUUAUGAAUAUUUAUUAUUGAUAAUUGUAAUAUUUUCCUUAUGGCUUAUUUACUGUUAUGAUCUUUGUUAUUAUGUUAUUAUUUCUAUACACAGAAACUACACUGAUCAAACGACUCACCAAGAUCAACAGAAUGGACAUUGUUCAUCUCAUCGAAACCAAGAUAAUGAAGUCCACCCAGGAGGACGCAUCAUCCCACACCUAUGCAGAGAUUGAGAGGACCAUUGCAAUGGAUCACAGUGAAGGUAUAGUGUACAGUCGUGGUCAAAAGUUUUGAGAAUGACACAAAUACUAAUUUUCACAAAGUCUGCUGCCUCAGUUUUGAUGAUGGCAAUUUGCAUAUACUCCAGAAUGUCAUGAAGAGUGAUCAGAUGAAUUGCAAUUAAUUGCAAAGUCCCUCUUUGCCAUGAAAAUGAACUUAAUCCCCCAAAAACAUUUACACUGCAUUUCAGCCCUGCCACAAAAGGACCAGCUGCCAUCAUGUUAGUGAUUCUCUCGUUAACACAGGUGAGAGUGUUGACGAGGACAAGGCUGGAGAUCACUCUGUCAUGCUGAUUGUGUUAGAAUAACAGACUGGAAGCUUUAAAAGGAGGGUGGUGCUUGAAAUCAUUGUUCUUCCUCUGUUAACCAUGGUUACCUGCAAGGAAACAUGUGCCGUCAUCAUUGCUUUGCACAAAAAGGGCUUCACAGGCAAGGAUAUUGCUGCUAGUAAGAUUGCACCUAAAUCAACCAUUUAUCGGAUCAUCAAGAACUUCAAGGAGAGAGGUUCAAUUGUUGUGAAGAAGGUGUCAGGGCGCCCAAGAAAGUCCAGCAAGCACCAGGACCGUCUCCUAAAGUUGAUUCAGCUGCGGGAUCGGGGCACCACCAGUGCAGAGCUUGCUCAGGAAUGGCAGCAGGCAGGUGUGAGUGCAUCUGCACGCACAGUGAGGCGAAGACUUUUGGAAGAUGGCCUGGUGUCAAGAAGGGCAGCAAAGAAGCCACUUCUCUCCAGGAAAAACAUCAGGGACAGACUGAUAUUCUGCAAAAGGUACAGGGAUUGGGCUGCUGAGGACUGGGGUAAAGUCAUUUUCUCUGAUGAAUCCCCUUUCCGAUUGUUUGGGGCAUCAGGAAAACAGCUUGUCCGGAGAAGACAAGGUCAUGCCAACAGUAAAGCAUCCUGAGACCAUUCAUGUGUGGGGUUGCUUCUCAGCCAAGGGAGUGGGCUCACUCACAAUUUUGCCUAAGAACACAGCCAUGAAUAAAGAAUGGUACCAACACAUCCUCCGAGAGCAACUUCUCCCAACCAUCCAAGAAAAGUUUGGUGACGACCAAUGCCUUUUCCAGCAUGAUGGAGCACCUUGCCAUAAGGCAAAAGUGAUAACUAAACAUCUAUAUUUUGGGUCCAUGGCCAGGAAACUCCCCAGACCUUAAUCCCAUUGAGAACUUGUGGUCGAUCCUCAAGAGGCAGGUGGACAACCAAAAACCCACAAAUUCGGAUAAACUCCAAGCAUUGAUUAUGCAAGAAUGGGCUGCCAUCAGUCAGGAUGUGGCCCAGAAGUUAAUUGACAGCAUGACAGGGCGGAUUGCAGAGGUCUUGAAAAAGAAGGGUCAACACUGCAAAUAUUGACUCUUUGCAUAAACUGAAUGUAAUUGUCAAUAAAAGCCUUUGACAUUUAUGGAAUGCUUGUAAUUAUACUUCAGUAUACCAUAGUAACAUCUGACAACAAUAUCUCAUUACACUGAAGCAGCAAACUUUGUGAAGACCAAUACUUGUGUCAUUCUCAAAACUUUCGACCACGACUGUACUACCAACCAAAAUGGAAAUGUCCUAUGUUUACCGUCAUGAGACAGUAAACCUCAUGUCAUCUUUAUCAACCAAAAUGUACUAACUAUGCCAAAGAGAUCACAGGUUAAUAACGGUGUCCAUAUCUAUGCCUGUCCAGGUUUCUCUGCCCUCCAUGAGGACAUAGACAGUCCCCGGCCAGGCAGGCGUACAGACGGCACCCCCAGUGGGCCAGGGUCCAGGCAGGGGCCCUUCAUGGUGUCAGAGGAGGACCUCUCCUCCAGCAUGUCAUCACUGCAUGAGACAUCAGGGCGGGUAGAGAUAGACACUUCAGUAACAGGCCUCCUGAAACACGCCCAGAAGGAGAAGCUGCAGAAAGAGCUGGAGAUGACACAGUAAGUUGAUCAGUCAGUAUAAGAGUGAAGUAUUGAGUGAAAGAGAAAUUGGUAUGGUUAAAAAGGUCUUAUGUUGUUUUCUGCUAUGUUCUGCUAAUGGUGUAUGGUUGUAGAAACAAACAGUUCAGUCAAAUAAUCGUGAUUUGCAUUGUUAAAAUCAAUAGGAAUAAACUGUUUUUAAGAAUAACUGUGUGUUAUUUUUGCUGGGAGACUUCAAAUGUGAUUAGAUGUUUGACUUCAUGUUACUUUUUGUUCCUCAGUUCUGUGGGCGGUACACCACAGAGUGGAUCGGAGAAGGCUGAGUCACUACACAUGGGCACUUUUAAACAAGUAAGUCCCUUCUUCACCUUGUACCGCACCUCCCCCUACCAGCUCACCUCUCACGUCCUAGAUCCUGUCUACAACGGGCCCACCCCUCCCCCCUCCCCCUCUCUAUCUGUCAAGCAUUCUGAGAAGGGGGCACAGCGGGGUGCAGAGUGGGGUGAGGGGUCACUCCAGCCCCCCCAGGCAGAAAGCGACAACAAAGAGUCAACGAAUGACCAAGAGUCACCCACUAAAAGUAGUAAGCGUGUCUGUGAGAACCGUCCGUUGUCCAUGACCGACUUCGGGGACAGUCUGACUGAAUGUGACCAGGCCGAGCCAGACUUCAGUGAGCUGUCUGUGGAGCUAAAGCAAACCUCAAAGUACUACACUUACCUCUCCACCACGCCCGUCACUAUGACCUCUCAGACAACUGAACGUGUUUCUGAGAAGAUCAGUGUUACAGCCAAGCCUAUGAAUUUACCACUUCCUCAGUCUACUCAGCUUCCUCAGGCUUCUGAGGUGGUACGCCCCAAAGAGACAUGUGAGAUAUUCUCAGAGGAUCAUAUUGACGAGGUGUCACACCGACUUUACGAAGUCCUGUUUGGAUAUGUAGAGGAGUCAACUAGUGAAGAAUCCAAAAAAACACCAAUGGAAUUGGAUGAGGUAGCCGGAACUUACAGAGCCAGCCGGGUUUAUGCAGCAGAUUCCCCUACCUCCAUGCUUUUGAUUGAUGUAGACCAGGCUACUCUUGACCAGGAAGCUAUCUCCACUGAGCUACACCUCAGCCCUGUAGAUAUCAGUCCCAUUACCCUAGAGUCUAUCACCUUUGGGGUGGGUAAGGAAUCACAGACAAUAGCUCAGACAUCAUCAGACGUGUCAAGAACCACUCAGAUUUCGGAGUCGGUCCCAGUAGAAUCCAUUGUCAGCACUGCAUUUAUCCAGAUGUCACAUGACUCAACUGCUGAGACCCCAGGAGAGGUGUCAGCUCCUCCAGUGUCUGACUCCAAAUCAGCCAAAUCUGUUAUAACUGGUGUAGAGUACAGCUUUGA